AUGACGUUCGGGUUAUGGGCAAACUGGUCGCAGAGGCUGAAUUUGAACAUGGCUAUUCCGUGCAUGGUGAACUCCACCCUUACCGCAUCUAACACCUCUGUUUCCUCAUUUUCCCCGGCAAGCGAAGCCAAGUGUACUCGAUUGGAUGCUAAUAUCUCUGCAGUAUCCCUCGGGUACGAUGGUGACUUGGAUUGGUCUCCAUCCCAACAAGCCCUCCUCUUCUCAUCUACUUUCUACAGCAGUUUCAUCUCGGUGAUGUUCGUUGGGUAUCUGGCUGACCGUUUUGGGCCUAAGAUUAUGCUCAUAGGUGCUUCUAUCGAUUUCAUCAUCGUCAGCUAUCUGUCACCGCUGCUGGCUAAUCAUUCCUUUUGGGCAUUUUUCGGGUCGAGGCUUGUUAUGGGGCUGGCUGAGGCCGCUCUCUUCCCAUGUAUGAACUCGUUGGCAGCAAAAUGGUUCCCACCCACCGAAAAAUCUACCAUCGCUGCGAUCUACACUUCUGGAAUCCAACGCCUUCCUCUGCACUACCGCUGUUGGAUGGCCAAUGAUUUUCUAUUUCUUCGCGACCGCCGGAGUCAUCUGGCUAACGUGCUGCUGUAUUUUCAUGACGAAUUCACCCUCGAAAAA